AGUAGAUUGUAGUAGUAUUUAUUGUAAAAAAAAAAAUGGCAGAUAUUUCAUUUUCUAGUCGUGCAUAUUGUAAGAUUAUUUUACACGCAGCUAAGUAUCCACACUGUGCAAUAAAUGGUUUAUUGUUAGCCAAACAAAGUAAUAAAAAUGAUGGUAAAUUCAUUGAAUUACAUAUUGAAGAUGUAAUUCCACUUUUUCAUAUUUGUCUUCAUGUUUCGCCUAUGGCAGAAAUUGCUUUAACCAUGGUUGAUCAAUAUGCUAUUAGUAAAGGUUUAGUACUAGCAGGUUAUUAUUUAGCAAAUGAAAACAUAAAUGAUUUAAGUUCAGAUAAACCUGCUCAUAAAAUAGCGGAUAAAAUAGCAGAAAAUUAUGGUAAUACUUUACUUGUUGUGGUGGACAAUAAAGAAAUUACACUUGCUAUGAAUUCAAAUCCUUUGAGAGUGUCACAAUUUAUAGAUGGCAAAUGGAAACUUAAAGAUAUAACAGAUAUAUUAUAUGACAAAGGAGUGACACAUACAGAUGUAUUGUAUUCCUUACUUAAAGCAGAAGAAUAUAGAAAUCUUAUAGAUUUUGAUAAUCAUCUUGAUGAUAUUUCUCUUAAUUGGCAAAAUCAAAAACUUAAUAAAAUCAUAGAAGAAGUUAUGGAAAAAUAUAAAUAAGAAUAUUGAAUUUAUAAAAAUAAUUUAUGAAUAUUUUCAAAUGCAUUUAAAAAUAUUUAAUGUAAAUAAAUUAAUAAAUAAAAAUAUGUAUUUUAAUUUAUUAAUGUAAAA